CCUCAGCGGGCUCUCUGUCCAAUGGAAUGAAUGGACUGGAAAUAGGAGCCAAUGGGGAGCGGGGGGCGGGUAUAAAAGGCUGAGACCCGCUUUAAUCCGCAGCAGCAGAACCAGAUCUCUUCAGACCGCAUCACAGCAGACUGAACUGACAGGUGAGCAGCCCGGAGACAUCAUGCCUUUCGGAAACACCCACAACACGCUGAAGAUGAACUACUCUUCGGAGCAGGAGUACCCCGACCUCAGCAAGCACAACAACCACAUGGCCAAGGUGCUGACGCCCGACAUGUACGCCAACCUGAGGGACAAGGAGACGCCCAGCGGCUUCACCCUGGACGACGUCAUCCAGACCGGCGUCGACAACCCAGGUCACCCGUUCAUCAUGACGGUGGGCUGCGUCGCCGGAGACGAGGAGACGUACGAGGUGUUCAAAGAGCUGUUGGACCCGGUGAUCGAAGACCGCCACGGAGGCUACAAACCAUCAGACAAACACAAGACGGACCUGAACCCCGAAAACCUGCAGGGUGGAGACGAUCUGGAUCCAAACUACGUUCUGAGCUCUCGCGUUCGGACAGGACGGAGCAUCCGCGGCUUCUGUCUGCCGCCGCACUGCAGCCGCGGGGAACGCCGCGCCAUCGAAAACCUCUCCAUCGAAAGUUUGGACAUCCUGGACGGAGACUUGAAGGGAAAGUAUUACGCUCUGAAGAACAUGACGGAGGAGGAGCAGCAGCAGCUGAUCGAUGACCACUUCCUGUUCGACAAGCCCGUCUCCCCGCUGCUGCUGGCGUCCGGCAUGGCCCGCGACUGGCCCGACGGCCGUGGCAUCUGGCACAACGACAACAAGACCUUCCUGGUCUGGGUGAACGAGGAGGAUCACCUGCGUGUCAUCAGCAUGCAGAAAGGAGGUAACAUGAGGGAGGUGUUCACUCGCUUCUGCACCGGACUCACCAAGAUCGAGGCCUUGUUUAAGGAGCGAGGUCACGAGUUCAUGUGGAACGAGCACCUGGGCUACGUCCUCACCUGUCCGUCUAACCUGGGGACGGGACUGAGAGCUGGAGUCCACGUCAAACUGCCCAACGUCAGCAAGCACGAGAAGUUCGGAGAGAUCCUGAAGAGGCUGAGGCUGCAGAAGAGAGGAACAGGUGGCGUGGACACGGCGGCGGUGGGCGGAGUCUUUGACAUCUCUAACGCGGACCGUCUGGGCUUCUCGGAGGUGGAGCUGGUUCAGAUGGUGGUGGACGGAGUCAACCUGCUGGUGGACAUGGAGAAACGUCUGGAGGCCGGAGAGAGCAUCGACGACAUCAUGCCCGACCAGAAGUGAACUGCGUCACUGUAACCUCUGACCUCUGACCCCCCCACCCCCACCCCCCCUCACUGUAAUCAAUCAGAAACCGUCCCGACGCUGCGGGACGUUUAGAGCCGCUCAGUUAGACUUCAGUCUUCCAACAUGUGAAGGAUUUUCUAUUUCCUGUCUCCACCUGUUGGACCCAUCUAACACCUGAAAUAUCUAAUAAAGUCUGUGUGGCCCCGAACUAAA